UGUAUACUGUUAAAAUCAGAGAAGAUGGAUAGCCAAGCUGAUGUGAAGGAUCAGUGCCACCAUGCCAAAGAUGAUGCAGAGGCAUGCAAAUGGUACGAAGAGGAGAUUGACGACGAUCUCAAGUGGUCUUUUGCUUUGAACAGUGUGCUGCAUAAAGGGACCAGCAAGUACCAAGAAAUAGCUCUUAUUGACACGAAACGUUUCGGCAAGGCUUUGGUGAUCGACGGCAAGAUGCAGAGCGCCGAGAUCGACGAGUUCAUCUACCAUGAGUGCUUGAUCCAUCCCCCCCUACUUUGCCACCCUAACCCCAAGACAGUGUUUAUUAUGGGAGGAGGAGAGGGAUCGGCAGCGAGGGAAGUCCUCAGGCAUAAGACUGUAGAGAGCGUGGUGAUGUGCGACAUAGACGAGGAGGUGGUGGAUUUCUGCCGAAAGUACUUGACAGUAAACCAAAACGCAUUCAGAGACAGCAAGCUCUGCCUCAUCAUCAACGACGCCAAGGCUGAACUUGAGAAGAGGGAGGAACAGUUUGACAUCAUAGUGGGUGACUUGUCUGACCCUAUGGAAGGAGGGCCGUGCUAUCAGCUUUACACUAAAUCCUUCUACGAGAAAAUUCUGAAGCCCAAGCUGCGGCAUCAAGGCAUCUUUAUCACUCAGGCUGGACCAGCUGGUGUUCUCACCCACAAGGAAGUCUUCUCUUCCAUCUACAACACCUUGAAGCAUGUCUUCAAAUAUGUGGUUGUCUACACAGCUCAUGUCCCAUCCUUUGCUGAUAUGUGGGGAUGGGUUAUGGCAUCGGAUGAGCCUCUGGUGGUGGAUUCUCGUCAGAUUGAUGAGAGGAUUGGGGAAAGAAUCAAUGGAGAGCUUCUCUACCUAAACGGCGAGUCGCUGGUAUCUUCCACCACCAUGAACAAGAGCGUCUACACGUCCCUCUUGAACGAGACGCAUAUCUACACCGAGGAGAAUGCGAGAUUUUUGUACGGACAUGGAAUGGGUUGCUAGGCAGAGACGGCGGCCAGGCGACGAUCGAGCACUGCGCUAUUUUUCAUGCUUGGAAUCAAAGUCGCCUGCGUGAAGUGUUCCUUUAUUACUUUCCCUGUGCGAGCAAAUAAAAGCC